AUGUCUGAUCUUACUCCGCUAUUCAAGAAGUACGUCACCGUAUUUUCAGAAGAUGAGAAGAGAAGUAUCGAUAGAAGGGCGCAAGAUAAUAGAAAGCCAUCGAAGAAGUACAUGGUCAACGAUACGUUUGUGAAAGAGUGUUCGGAACUAUUAAGACACAUUUUAGAGCUACAAAAGGUUGUGUUUUCACUCAAGCCUCAGUACGAAAGCGACUCUGAGCUUAGCGAACGCGAAAAGGAUGAUUUCGACACGGAAGUUAGACUGCUGAUCCAGCAGUAUUUUGGCAAACUUAAGUUCCUCGGGAGAUAUGAAAAGAAGCGUCAGCAAAUCGUCAAGGACCAGUUUCUAACAAAUUCCGAUUCUGAGCUUUUUUCGCUGUUUAAGUCCAGAGAUGAGCAGUUUGAACUAUUCCAUCUGACCAACAAUAAACACAGAGAUGGGGUCCUGCAGUCGCUUAACAUGCUUUUAUCUUCCAUUUUUUCCAGCAUUUCAAGGAUGCAGCAACAGAGACUGUCACGAAAAAAGGAACUCGAGUCUAUCGACUUCAAUGCACAGCUCUACGCGCCAAUCCAUAACAUGGUUGGAUCGGUAUCGCAGUCACCGCCAAUCGAGACCACGCAGCAAGAGGUUGAGCAAUACAAACAAACAGUUAGCCAGUUGUCACAGCAGCAGCUCCAAAUACUUGAGACAGAACAUGAAGAGCUUUUAAACCUUAAAACACAGGAGUUAGAGAGCGCAGAAAACUUGGGCAGAACCAUGGUUCAAAUCUCGUCUUUGCAAAAUGAAAUUGCUACACAUUUACAGUCCCAAACCCAAAACAUCUUUACAUUAUUAGACAAUCACGACGAUGUUGAGCUGGAUAUCCAGAAAGGCAACCGACAACUUAAAAAAGCACAACGACGCAGCGGCAAAUCUGCAAAACUCAUUGUCUAUCUGUCAGUGAUUUUUGGUGUGCUUAUUCUCUUUUUAGACUUUAUAAAUUGA